UCUGCACAGGCCCUGAGGUAGCUUUCUUGCUGAGGGGGGGAGCCCGUAAAGGGAGACAGACAGAAUCAUGUCUUAAUCUGAUGGCACGUCCCUUAAUUUUAUUCUUUUCUAGCUAAACUAACCAUUAAGGAAGAAAGAAGUGUGAAGGACAGAAAAACAAGAUGUUGGUGCUGUCUAAUGACACAGCCCUGAACUCACUUCUCUCCAAGCUGCUUCAAGACUACCUGGAGCAGACAAAUAGCUCUGCACCUUCCCAGGCUGUAAGUGCCAGCAGCAACCUGGAAAUCAUCUACAUGCUGCUGAUAAUUGGCCUCUUUGGCUUCUUCACAGUGGGAGUCAUGCUGACCAACAUCCGUGCCAGGAGGCUGGAGAACUCCCACGACCCCUACAACACCUACAUUGCCACAGACAUUUGGCACAAGAAGGACAGGGAGUAUUUUCAAGCCAAGCUCAUAGAAAAUUACAAGCUGUGCUGUGUCUUUGAAAACCAGCUGGCCGUGGAGCAGCCAAGCAUACAGAUUCCUGAGGCAAAGUCUUCCUAGGAAAACAGAAGAAAGGAUUGUAUUCUGCACAGGGACAUCCCAAACGAUACCAGGCACAAAUAAGGCUCACUGCUUGCCCAUCUGCAGAGCCACAGGCACUGGUCUCAGCCAGGUUGAAUGACCAUGGACUGAUGGUGAAGCUGGUGGAUCUGUGAUGGCCCUGGUGCUGCAGAGGUGCCCAGCCACCAGAACCUUUAUUGCAAUCAGUGUAAGGUUGAGGAGGGGACACACACAUAGGGAAUAUCAUGGACUCAUCAGCUUCACCUAAUGAAAAAAGCAAAUGCUGGGGUUGCCAGUGUGAGCACUUGCAGUAGUCCAUGUAAUUAAAACCAAAUUGGAUCAAAUGCAAGCUAGAGGCCUUAACUGCUAAGUUUGGUUUAGGCAAUACUUUUCAAGUAAGACCUGAAGUAGCUGAAAUAUUUGAUAUG